AUGGAAAUGAAUCCAUUCAGCGGAAUGCCCUACAGUGAAAGGUACUGGCAGCUUCUGGAAAAGCGUCGUCAGCUUCCUAUCUGGGAACACAAGGAAAAAUUCAUGAAAAUGCUUGAUGAUAGUCAAUGCGUGAUUGUCGCCGGUGAACCUGGUACUGGGAAGACAACACAAGUGCCGCAGUGGUGUGCGGAGUACGCCCACCAGAAAGCCAUCACCAACCAACCAAAGCUUGUAGCUUGUACUCAGAACGAGAAAAGCGGCAGCUGUAUCAAGUUGGCGAAACCACGCGUCGCAGAUGAAAUGGAUGUACAGAAACCAAGGACUGGCUACCUGGCAAGUAGGGUGGUGUUGAUUUCGUUUCAGCCGUCGUCAGCUUUGGGUCAGGAACUCGGCUAUUCCAUUCGUUUCGAGGACUGUACCAGUGCCAAAACUGUACUGAAAUACUGUACGGAUGGUAUUAACCCAACGCUGGAUGGAUAUGGCAUUAUAAUUCUUGACGAAAUUGACGAGAGAGCUUUAUACACUGAUGUACUCAUAGCACUGCUCAAGGAACUCAUAAAUAAGCGAAAUGAUAUUAAAAUCGUCAUUCUAUCUGCAACGCAUACCGGGGGGAAGAUUCUGCGUCAUUUUGAAGACUAUCGAACGAUAACGAUCCGGCCCCGGGCAUUUCCCAUAAACAUCAUUGUACGUUUCCAUUUCCCAUUUUGCUCGAAAGAACAGUCCAUACAGUAUGAAAAUUUUCAUUCUAUAAAAUUUCAGUUCAAAGAAGAACCAGUAGAGAAUUUCUUAGAAGCUGCGAUCAGAGCUGCCGUGAAGAUUCAUAUAUCUGAGGAUGAAAUCGAGGAAGCCUGCAAGCGAAUAAGGAGUGAUCUCGCAAAGAUUGACCAGCCAGCGGGUACACUGGAUUGUAUCCCACUUUAUGCCGGUCUUUCGAAACAAGAGGUGCAGCGGAUCUUCAAACCAGAGCCUUCAAACCAACCUGGAGCAACAGGUCGUAGAUGUAUCAUUGCUACGGACAUUGCGGAAACCUCACUGAUAAUUGACGGUAUUGUGUUUGUAAUCGAUCCAGGAUUUGUAAAGCAAAAGGUCUAUAAUCCAAGUGAUCGAACCGAAACGCCAUCGGUUCGUCUCAUUUCGAAAGCAAAUGCUAUACUACGGGCUUAUCACGCGGGUCGUUCGGCGUCUGGUCAGUUUGGGUUUCGUUAUAAAUAUUUCAAGGUUUGA